GUUCUCGCCACUCUUUUGACCAAUAGGGGGGAAAUGGCAUCCUACGAAAGCGGAAGACUAACAUAUCGGAGGGAAGUUUUUGUGUUCCUUUCUGUGGAAACAAGUUUCUUGGGAGGCUGCGUUUGAAUUUUGGUGCGUGGAACUGUGCCCAACUAACCUUGUAAGAUGAAUUGGGGAGCAUCCCCUCUUUUUUGAAACAGGUGUUCUGGCUGAUGAGACUUUAAAGGCCAUGGAUGAAGAUGGACUUGAAUUACAACAAGAAGCACCAAACUCAUUUUUUGAUGCAACGGAGCUUGUUGCUCCACACAUGGAUGGUAAUCAAAUUGUUGUGGAAGUUCAAGAAACGGUUUAUGUGUCAGAUGUUGUGGAUUCCGACAUAAUCGUACAUAACUAUGUUCCCGAUGACCCAGAUUCAGUUGUAAUCCAGGAUGUCAUUGAGGAUGUUGUUAUAGAAGAUGUCCAGUGUACAGACAUCAUGGACGAAGCAGAUGUAUCGGAAACAGUCAUCAUCCCUGAACAAGUGCUGGAUUCAGAUGUAACCGAAAAUGAUUCUUUAACACAUUGCACAGUUCCAGAUGAUGUUUUAGCUUCUGAUACUACUUCAGCCUCAAUAUCUAUGCCCGAACAAGUCUUGACAAGUGAAUCUAUACAUGUGUCUAACGUUGAACAUGUGGUUCAUGAUAGUGUAGUAGAAGCAGAAAUCGUCCCAGAUCCUCUGGCCGCUGAUGUUGUCUCAGAAGAAGUGUUGGUAGCAGACUGUGCCUCUGAAGCAGUCAUAGAUGCCAACAGGAUCCCUGUGAAACAGCAGGAUGAAGAGAAAAUCAACUGUGAGGACUACAUUAUGAUCUCUUGUGGAACUGUAGAUAUCGUCGAAAGUGAGCCUGAGAAUGAACUUGGAGUUGAACCACUUGAUCCAAAAAAUAGUAUUUGCGUUCCCAGGGAAAAGAUGGUUUAUAUGGCUGUUAACAACUCUCAGCAUGAAGAAGAAGAACUGAAUGUCACUAAGAUUGGUGAUGAAGUUUAUAUUGAAGUGAUUGUUGGAGAGGAGGAUGCUGCAGCCGCAGUGCAUGAACAGCAAGUGGAGGACAAUAAAAUGAAAACCUUCAAGCCGAUUGCAUGGGCAGCUGCUUAUGGUAAUAAUUCUGAUGAAAUUGAAAACCGGAAUGGCACUGCAAGUGCCCUCUUGCACAUAGAUGAGUCUGCUGGCCUCGACAGGCUGGCUAAACAAAAACCAAAGAAAAGGAGAAGACCUGAUUCCAGGCAGUACCAAACAGCAAUAAUUAUUGGCCCAGAUGGACAUCCUCUGACUGUCUACCCUUGCAUGAUUUGUGGCAAGAAGUUUAAAUCGAGAGGUUUCUUGAAAAGACACAUGAAAAACCAUCCUGAACACCUUGCCAAGAAAAAGUACCGCUGUACUGACUGUGAUUACACUACCAACAAGAAGAUAACUUUACACGAUCACCUAGAGAGCCACAAGCUAACCAGCAAGGCAGAGAAAGCCAUAGANUGNGAUGAGUGNGGAAAGCAUUUCUCUCAUGCUGGGGCUUUGUUUACCCAUAAAAUGGUGCAUAAGGAAAAAGGAGCCAACAAAAUGCACAAGUGUAAGUUCUGUGAAUAUGAAACAGCUGAACAAGGCCUAUUGAAUNGCCAUCUUUUGGCAGUCCACAGCAAGAAUUUUCCUCACAUUUGUGUAGAGUGUGGCAAAGGNUUCCGCCAUCCGUCAGANCUCAAAAAGCACAUGCGAAUCCAUACUGGAGAAAAGCCCUAUGAAUGCCAGUACUGCGAAUACAGGUCCGCAGAUUCUUCUAACUUGAAAACCCAUGUAAAAACUAAGCAUAGUAAAGAG